UACCGUUUAGGGAGAACGACUAAAGAAUUCACCACUUUAGAACGGCUAUAAGAAUCAUUCACUAGGUUUCCACAGAUCAAUUAUAUUUCAUCUGUUAGAGAAAGAAAGGAAAGAAAAGAAAGAAAGAAGAAUGGAGAACAUAGGAUUUAACGAGAAUCAGAAAUCAGCCAUGGAUGCAUUUGAAAAGCUUGAAAAAGUAGGAGAAGGAACCUAUGGGAAAGUAUAUAGAGCAAGAGAAAAAGCCACUGGUAAAAUCGUAGCUUUGAAGAAAACACGUCUCCAUGAAGAUGAAGAAGGUGUACCACCAACAACUUUAAGAGAAGUUUCUAUUCUAAGGAUGCUUUCCAUGGAUCCUCAUGUUGUUAGGUUGUUGGACGUGAAACAAGGUCAGAACAAAGAGGGGAAGACCAUUCUCUACCUUGUUUUUGAGUACAUGGAUACUGAUGUUAAGAAGUACAUUCGGAGUUUCCGCUCAUCUGGAACUACAAUGCCCCCAAAUAUCGUUAAGAGUUUGAUGUAUCAACUUUGCAAGGGUGUUGCAUUUUGUCAUGGUCAUGGAGUACUUCACAGGGAUUUGAAACCUCACAAUCUUCUAAUGGAUCCAAAGACAAAAAUGCUUAAAAUAGCAGAUCUUGGACUGGCUAGAGCAUUCACGCUCCCAAUGAAGAAGUACACGCAUGAGAUCUUGACUCUUUGGUACAGGGCACCAGAAGUUCUCCUGGGAGCCACUCACUAUUCAACUCCAGUAGAUAUCUGGUCUGUUGGCUGUAUCUUUGCUGAACUGGUUACAAAUCAAGCACUCUUCCCUGGGGACUCUGAAUUGCAGCAACUACUACACAUCUUCAGGUUGUUGGGAACUCCAAAUGAAGAACGAUGGCCAGGCGUAAGCAAGCUAAUGAAUUGGCAUGAAUAUCCACAAUGGUCUCCACAGAAGCUGUCAUCCGUGGUUCCUAACCUAGAUGAAGCUGGUCAAGAUCUGCUCUUGCAAAUGUUGCGAUAUGAACCUUCAAAGAGGAUUUCAGCAAAGAAGGCAAUGGAGCAUCCUUACUUUGAUGAUCUGAACAAAGCUGGUCUCUAAAUCUAUUCAACGAAUUGAAGUCUAACAAAGCCAAAAGUUGAUUUGUAGUUUUCACCUGCUUUUCUCAAGCAUAGUUUGUUCAUGUCUUUUUAUUUCAUCCUUUUCCUUUGAUGAUUUUUACUAUCUUGUUAUCUCAGUUUCAGACCUCGGAUGAGAUAAUGUACUAAAAAUCAAUGGAAAUCCAGUGUUUCUUUAUUCUAUCU